UUAGACAUGUCUAUUUUUAAAAAUUUUUUCUCCUCUACAAGUGAUGAUCCACAAGGAGAAUCUACAAAUGCGGAAAUUGUUGACAGAUUGGUUGAACGAUUGGAAAGUGCGAGCAAUUUGGACGAUAGGCGUGAUGCUUUGAGGGCGCUGCGUUCGUUAGCAAGGAAUCUUCGUAUGCAUGUUGCCACACGUGGGAUGGAUGCCUUUAUGGAAGUUCUCGAAAAGAAUGCUUCCUUAACUGAUUUGGUUUCUCUAACCCUCGAUAUUUUGGAUUGUACUUUAACGGAAGCUGGGGGAGAUGAUGAUGAUCCUCAACAAAUUUCUGCAGAUGAUGAAAUUGGGGACAGACUUGCUGAAUUGAUGUUACAAAGGGCUAAUUUUAUGGCUUCUUUAGUUAAACUUUUGGCUUGUAAUGAUUUUGCUGUUAGGAGGAACACAAUCAAACUGCUUACAUCUCUCCUCCGGCAUCGUCCCACUUCAGUACAACAAGCUAUAAUCAGUCAACGUGGUGUUUCUAAUAUUGUUGAUUUAUUGAAUGACAAGAGGGAAGUAAUCCGCAACAAUGUUGUUUUGAUGCUUAGCGAGUUAAGCCGUGGAAACUCCCAAAUUCAACAAUUACUCUAUUUUGAGAACGCUUUUCAACUUCUUUUUGAGGUUAUUUCACAAGAACCGUUGGAAAGCAUUGUAAUUGAAGAUUGCCUUUUUGUAAUGCUCAAUUUGUUGAGGAAAAAUGCUAGUAAUCAAGUUGGGUUUCGUGAAGCAAAUUUAUCAAAACAAUUAACUCAAUUGGCCAAUAUUUUUAUUUAUCCUUCCGAAGAAGAACAACAAUUUCAACAGCAACUAGGUUCAAUGCCCGAUGAUGAAUGGAGUGCUCAAAAAAUUGCAAACUUUAUUCUUAUUCUACAAAUUGUUCGCGCCCUUUGUUCGCCUAUCGACAAUAUUCACAAAACUACACAUUCUGCACAACAAGCUUUAUUAAAAUCAGGAAUGUUAGAUUUACUCUGUAAAGUAUUGCUUUCACAAUUGGGUAUUUCCGUUGAUGUUUUGGCAGAAUCUGUCGUAACCGUUGCAGAAAUUAUACGUUCAAACUACGCCAAUCAAGAAUUUUUUGCCUGUUCAACAGUUACUGAUCAGGAUGGCGUCAGACCAGCACUGCUCAUUCUCCUCCUUUCAAUGACUUCAGAAAAACAACCUUUUAGACUUCGCUUGGCCGUUUUUUAUUGUUUUUUAUGUUAUUUACAUGGAAAUGAAAAUGGGAAAAUUCGCAUAAUAAAUACUUUGCUGCCUCAAAAAGAUGUGGCUGCAAAUGAGCAACAACAAGCAGAGGAUGAAGCUCAAGUUUUAAUAGGACACUAUUUGUGUGCGGCGUUAGUUAAUCAUGAACCUGUACAGGUUUGGUUUGCUUCAGUCAUUCUCGUUCACGCUUUGCAUGAUGCAGAUCAUUUAAAACCCCAACUUUUGCGUGUCCAACUUUCCACUUCAACAAAUAAAGAGCCCCAAUUGUUACUUUCACAUUUAACUCGAAUGCUUUGUACUUGUGGUCCAAGAAAGUUACAAAUUCGUUGUGGUCUUUUAAUGUUAUUUUCGACUUGGUUUUAUAAUUGUACGGCUGCUAUCGACCAUUUUAUGAAAAAUGAUGAGAAUAUCAGCUUUUUGAUAAGUCAACUAGUUGAUCAAAACACAGAAAUAACAGAAACAGAAAAUCAAUUUAUAAAAGGAUUGGUAGCAUUUUUAAUUGGUAUAUGUCUUCAUUCGUGGGAACUAGCUGAAGAUAAAACUGAAAAAGUUUCCAAUUUCAUCCAAUUAUUAGAACGUCGUCAAAUUGGUCGUGAACGAAUUGCUGAAUAUUUGGAGGGUGUUGCCAAAUCUGAAUUUUAUAUUAGAGCAGCACAAAGACCCCAACCUUUGGCUAAAAAUCCUUCAGAUUUGUUGGUGGAUUAUCAAUUUACAAAAUUCUUUAAAGGAAUUGAAAAUAAUUUGUUAAAAAUGUUAUGCCCAAAUGGAGAAUUUCCUUCUACUGCAAAUGCUCAAUGGGAAACUGCGUUAGCCCCCUACAAAAAAAUUAUAAUGAAACAGGAUGAAAAAAUUGCUGAACUUGUUAGAAAGCUUGACGAAAUGAAAACUUGUACUAAUACUGUUUCGACGACUACAGCUACAACGGUUGAAGUUAAUAAUCAGCAACAGCAAAUAAUCCAUCAGAAUGGGUAUUCAAAUGGCAAUUCAAUUCCAAAUGGUUUUGAUGUCAAUGCUUGUUUAAAUCCUCCAAAUAUUGAAGAAUUUACUCAACAAAUUGAACAAUUAAAAAAUGAAUUGGCUAAAAAAUCUGCUCUAUGUGAACAACGUGCGGAUGCUGAAAUGAAAUUGCAACAACUUACAAUUGUCACACGACAAUGGCAAGCUGAAGCAGAGAAAUAUAAACAAUGGGCAUUGCAAUGGCAAUCGUUUCAGUUGGCACAGUUUGAAAAUCCAUCAGAACCCGCCAUUCAACAAUUAAAACAACAACAAACCGAAUUAGAACAACAAAUUCAAUUUGGAUGGCAAGCUUUUGAACAACAAAGUCAACAACUUACAGAGUUGGUUAAACAAAACGAGAAUAUUUUGGGGAGAUCACAAGAACUGGAACAAAGGUUAAAUGACUCGGAAAAUCAAUUGCAAAAUUUGAGGGAACAAUAUGCUAAUUUAAAACAACAAAAGAUAACUUCCCCUCCGCCCGAUGCAACUUCUUCGGAAGAAUUGACCUUGUUGAAAAAAGAACACGAGGAUUUACUUUUAUUGUUGGCAGAACAAGAUAAGAAAAUGCACAGUUAUAGACGUUUGUUAGCCAGUCAUGGUGAGGUGCUAAGCGAUGCUGAUGAAGAGCCUUGAACCAAAAAAUGACGUUUUUUUUGUUUUU